AUGUCGGAAGUCACACACAUCACCGACCGGCUCGAAAAGCCCGAGCUCGACGAUCGCUCAUACCGCGUAAUUAAGCUGGGAAACCAAUUAGAGGCGCUGCUUGUUCAUGACCCGGAUACAGAUAAGGCGAGUGCUUCGGCUAAUGUGAAUGUUGGAAAUUUCUCGGAUGAGGAGGCCAUGCCGGGGAUGGCGCAUGCUGUUGAGCAUUUAUUGUUCAUGGGAACUGAAAAGUAUCCUAAAGAGAAUGCGUACAACCAAUACCUCGCCUCCCACUCCGGCUCAUCGAAUGCAUACACCGGCGCCAUAGAGACAAAUUACUUCUUCGAAGUCGCCGCCACCGGCGAAAGUAAAUCUCCAGAGAGUGCUAACGGAGAGAAAAGCGCCGUAUCGUCCUCUACGACAGCAUUGUCAAAGGAUAGUGCGACGUCUCCAUUAUACGGUGCACUGGACAGAUUUGCGCAGUUUUUUAUUGCGCCGUUAUUCCUAGAGUCUACGCUAGAUCGGGAGUUGAGGGCCGUUGAUUCAGAAAAUAAGAAGAAUUUACAGAGUGAUGUGUGGAGGUUGAUGCAGCUUAACAAGUCCCUGUCGAACCCGGAGCAUCCAUAUCACAAGUUUUCGACGGGAAAUCUACAGACUCUACGUGAUGACCCGCAAAGUCGUGGCGUGGAAGUGCGCAGCAAAUUCAUCGAGUUCCACAAAAAGCAUUACUCGGCCAAUCGCAUGAAGCUUGUUGUACUGGGUCGUGAAUCGCUGGAUCAGCUCGAGAGUUGGGUCGUUGAGUUGUUCUCAGAGGUACAGAACAAGAAUCUGCCGCAAAAUAGAUGGGAUGAUGUGCAGCCUCUUUCUGCUGAUCAACUUUGCACGCAAGUCUUUGCGAAGCCCGUUAUGGACUCCCGGUCGUUGGAUAUUUAUUUCCCGUUUUUGGAUGAGGACGAAUUGUACGAGACUCUGCCAAGUCGAUAUAUCAGCCAUUUGAUCGGCCACGAAGGACCAGGAAGUAUUUUGUCGUAUAUCAAGGCCAAAGGUUGGGCGAACGGACUCUCGGCUGGCGCGAUGUCGGUCGGCCCUGGAUCAGCUUUCUUCACCAUCUCUGUGCGUCUUACAGAGGACGGGUUGACUCAUUACAAGGAGAUUGUCAAGAUCAUCUUCCAGUACAUCGCCAUGAUCAAGGAGCGAGCCCCCGAGAAAUGGAUCUAUGAUGAAAUGCAGAACCUGGCUGAAGUCGAGUUCCGUUUCAAGCAAAAAUCGCCCGCUUCUCGGUUUACGAGCCGAUUGAGCAGUGUGAUGCAGAAGCCUUUGCCGCGCGAGUGGUUGCUUAGUGGUAACAAUCUGCUUCGAAAGUUCGAUGCUGACUUGAUUACCAAGGCUUUGUCGUAUCUGCGCAGCGACAAUUUCAGACUUAUGAUUGUUUCGCAGCAUUUCCCGGGCGAUUGGGAUGCAAAGGAGAAGUGGUACGGAACAGAUUACAAAGAAGAGAAAAUCCCCCAAGAUUUCUUGACAGAGAUUCGUAAUGCUUUGGCGUCUGCGCCUUCAGAACGAGUCUCGGACCUGCAUAUGCCGCAUAAGAACGAGUUUAUUCCUACUCGCCUAUCGGUCGAAAAGAAGGAGGUCGCGCAACCAGCGCCUACCCCGAAACUUAUUCGAUUGGAUGACCAUGUUCGCGUUUGGUACAAAAAGGACGAUAGAUUUUGGGUGCCAAAGGCCACGGUCCAUAUUACUUUGAGAAACUCGCUGGUGUGGGCUACACCUGCCAAUCAUGUUAAAGCCAAGCUUUAUUGUGAAUUGGUGCGAGAUGCUUUGGUUGAGUAUUCGUACGAUGCCGAGCUUGCCGGCUUAGACUACAAUUUGUCGGCAAGCAUUUUUGGUCUGGAUGUCUCGGUUGGAGGUUACAAUGAUAAAAUGUCGGUACUUCUUGAAAAGGUCGUCACUACGAUGCGGGAUCUUGUCGUCCUCCCGGACCGGUUCAAAAUCAUCAAGGAGCGAUUGACAAGAGCAUAUCGAAAUGCAGAGUACCAACAACCGUACUACCAAGUCGGAGACAUGACCCGUUAUCUUACAGCAGAAAAGACCUGGAUCAACGAGCAGUAUGCCGCUGAGCUGGAGCAUAUUGAAGCUGAUGACGUCGCAGCAUUCUUCCCUCAACUAUUACGGCAAAACCACAUUGAAGUCCUGGCGCAUGGAAACUUGUACAAGGAAGAUGCGCUGAAGAUGACCGAUAUUGUCGAGAACAUUAUGCGUAGCCGCACGCUACCUCAAUCUCAGUGGCAUGUGCGCAGAAACAUCAUUUUCCCACCGGGCAGCAACUACAUCUACGAACGUCAGUUGAAGGAUCCGCAAAAUGUCAACAAUUGUAUUGAGUAUUAUCUAUUUGUGGGUAAGAUAACGGACGAGGUGCUACGAGCUAAAUUGCUGCUGUUGGCCCAAAUGACCGAAGAGCCGGCCUUUGACCAGCUACGAAGCAAAGAGCAGCUUGGUUACGUUGUUUGGAGCGGUGCGCGCUACUCGGCCACGACGAUUGGAUACCGCGUGAUUAUUCAGAGUGAACGUACGGCGCAGUAUUUGGAGGGUCGCAUCGACAAUUUCCUAGCGCAAUUCGCGAAAACCCUAGACGAAAUGACAGAGGAGGAAUUCGAAAGCCACAAGCGCAGUAUCAUCAACAAGAGACUCGAGAAGUUGAAGAACCUGGGAUCUGAGACCUCCCGCUUCUGGACGCAUAUUGGAUCUGAAUACUUUAACUUUUUGCAACAUGAGGUCGACGCCGCCACAGUCCGCACGUUGACCAAACCAGACAUCGUCGCAUUCUUCAGGCAAUACAUUGAUCCAUCCUCAGAAACUCGAGCUAAGAUUUCGAUUCACCUGAACGCGCAGUCUGCGAAGACAGACGAGUUACCCGUCGACACUUCGGAGACCGCCGAAGGCGCAGAGUCUCUGCACAACCAGCUGACGAACGUUAGUCUCAGCAAUGGUGACGUUACUACCAUCAAAACUACUUCCAGACAACCUAUCUAUAUCACCAAUGUGCCUCAAUUCAAGGCACGAUUGCCUGUCAGCCCUGGGCCGAGUCCGGUUGUGGAUUUGAGUGAGUUUGGCGAUUUUGAUCCGAAGUUGUAA